CAUAAUGUGCUCUCCUUAAACAGGUGUUCUCUUUACUUAUGAAUUUACAUCCACCCAGGCAUAUUCCAAUCUUGAGGAUGGCAACGAAGUGUUUGGUGUUCGGCACACAAUGUGUUGCCAAGAGUGACCACAGCCAGCCCAAAACUGGUGAACUGGCCUAUCGCAAAGGAGACAUCCUCACUAUUAUGAGAACAGGAAUGGGGAAAGAACAUUACAAGGCCAGACACAACACCACAGGAGAGGAAGGACUCAUCUCUGCCACCAACAUGCGAGAGCGAGAGGCCAUUCGUGUCGACCCCAGUCUCAGUCUCAUGCCCUGGUUCCAUGGGAAGAUCUCAGGUCCCGAGGCGGUGUCCAAGCUGCGGCCUAUAGAGGAUGGCCUGUACCUGGUGCGGGAGUCCAUCCGCCACCCUGGUGAUUAUGUGCUCUGUGUCGGCUACUCCAGCCAGGUCAUCCACUACCGAGUCAUGUACCAGCACAGCAAACUGACCAUCGACAACACCCAGUACUUCUACAACCUCAUAGACAUGAUAGAGUUCCACUCCAAGCACAAGGGAGCUAUUGCCACCAAACUUCUGAAGCCCAAAGAUAAGGAGGGCACCAAGUCAGCUGAGUUGGAACUGUCUAAAACGGGUUGGCUGCUGGACAUCAGGAAGCUGACCUUGGGAGAGAGUAUCGGAGAGGGGGAGUUUGGAGCGGUGUUUGAAGGAGACUACAUUGGCCAGAAGGUGGCAGUAAAGAACAUCAAAUGUGAUGUAACGGCACAGGCAUUCUUAGAAGAGACCACUGUUAUGACGAAACUGCAGCAUAAGAACCUGGUGCGGUUGUUGGGGGUGAUCGUAGACAAUGGACUGCACAUCGUCACAGAGCUCAUGGCCAAGGGUAAUCUGGUGAACUUCCUCCGGACGAGGGGCCGUUUUGUCAUUAGCACUGGCCAGCUUCUACGUUUUGCACUAGAUGUGUGCGAGGGCAUGGAGUACCUGGAGUCUAAGAGGUUGGUUCACAGAGACCUAGCUGCCCGUAACAUCCUGGUCUCCAACGAAGGCGUGGCCAAAGUCAGUGACUUUGGGUUGACCAAGGUGGACUGCAAGGCCUCGGACAACGCUAAACUACCAGUCAAAUGGACAGCCCCUGAGGCCCUGAAGAAAGAGAAAUUCUCCAUGCGGUCAGACGUAUGGAGCUAUGGUGUUCUCCUCUGGGAGACGUUCUCCUACGGUCGACAGCCCUACCCCAAGAUGUCUGUGAAGGAGGUGAAGGAGCGGGUGGAGCAGGGUUACCGUAUGGAUGCGCCAGAGGAGUGCCCCCCCAGUGUCUACGCCCUGAUGAGGGGCUGCUGGGAGGCCGAGCCCAAGAAAAGGCCCUCCUUUCAUAAACUACUGGAGAAGAUAGAGAGAGAGCUGACCAAACACAGCCCUGGUCCUGCCUGCUGAGGUCACCUCAAUAAUCCUAUUCAAAUAACUAUUGUUCUUUGUUCAGAGCUGCCUGGAGAUGGACAGUAACCCGGGACAGGUGAGCCUGAACCCACAGAAGGCUGGUCAGGGUUGGAUCUAAUGGUAGUGACACAUGAAGAGGCAGAACAUUGGCUGAUUUUGCAAAGGGGACAUGCAGCAUAUAUCUUUCUUAGAUCAUCAAUGAGCCUUUAUACAUACUCACUAUGACUCCAUACGAGAGGUCGACCGAUUAUGAUUUUAACGUCGAUACCGAUUAUUGGAGGACCAAAAACCCGAUGCCG